AUGGUGAGACGCGUCAUGGGCAGAUCCACUCGCUCCAUCUACCUCAGUCUGGCAUGUCUGUCCCUUGCCCUCCACAUCCUUCUGGCGUUUUUCUGUCUUUCUGUCCUGCAGACAGCCUGUGUCCCUCCCACCUCCUCCUCCUCCUCCUCGGUCUCUUCCUCCAUUCCGAGAAAAGACACUCACCACCAUCAGCUGGUGUCCAACUCUUCCUCCUCUUUGAAACCCUCCCCCUCCUCACAUGAAGAGCAGCACAAACUGAAUGCCAGCACAUUACGUCACAAAUGGAAAGACUCGAGAUUCGGUGAAGAAAAAGAGGGAGAAAAGAAACCAAGCAGAGGUGGAAAUGGGAUUCAAAAGGUCAGGGAUCAGUCGAAGCUUGAGGCGCUGUUCAAGCACCCUUUAUACAAUCUGCCACAUCCAGAGCUGCAAGAAGAUGAUUGGCUGCUAAGGGUGAAGACAGAUGAUGAGGUAAAAGAGACAAAGAGUGAGGAAAAGGAGGAGGAGGAGGAGGAGGAGGAAGAAGAGAAGGAAGAAGAGGACGGUUUCACUUCUGACAGUGAGUGGAAGAGUAUAAACGAGGAGAAAGGCUACGACAAAGUCACAUGGACACGGGACAUGGACACCCACCCACCUUGGCUUCGAUUUCACCUGGGCAUCACUCGCUGGGAGCUAUACGACAGGAAGGACCCCACCCUGGUCCAGGUGAUGGACUACAUGGCAACACAGCGGAUCCUCAGCACUGUUCAGAAAACAGGAGGCACCCAGCUCAAACUGCUCAUAUCAUUUCCAAACUAUGGAGAAGCUCUGGCCAAACCAAUGAAACAAUCCAGAGAUGCAGAGACAGAUGUCAACCUCUUCUACUUCUCUGACUUUGAAAGACACAAUGCAGAGAUCGCAGCCUUUCACCUUGACAGAGUGCUGGGCUUUAACAGAAUCCCUCCAGUGGUCGGCCGGCUAAUCAAUGUCACCAGAGAGAUCAGAGACAUCACCACAGACCACAAGUUGUCUCGAACUUUCUUCAUUUCCCCUGUGGGCAAUGUGUGUUUCCACGGUGUGUGUGACUACUACUGCACAACUGAGCAUCCUGUGUGUGGGCGGCCUCAUGCACUGGAGGUGUCCCUGGCUGCCAUGCUCCCUGACCUCACCCUCGCUCCGCGCAGGUCCUGGAGGUCACCAUGGAGAAGGUCCUACAGUCGCACCAAGCAGGCACAGUGGGAGACGAACCCAGCCUACUGCGACAAAGUAAAAGACACGCCUCCUUACAACCAAGGCACCAGAUUGGUGGAUCUGAUAGAUAUGGCUAUUCUGGACUUUCUAAUGAGUAACAUGGACAGACAUCACUAUGAGACGUUCGAGAAAUUCGGAAAUGAGACUUUUCUGCUGCAUUUGGAUAACGGGCGGGCGUUUGGGCGUCACUCUCGGGAUGAGCCGUCUAUUCUAGCUCCUUUACAACAGUGCUGCAGGAUCCGUCGCUCCACCCUCCUCCGCCUGCACCUUUUGUCCAGUCCGAGCUUCCGUUUGAGUGACGUCAUGCGGGAGUCGUUGGCUGAGGACCCUCUGUCCACAGUGGCCUCUCUCCUCUCUGAACCACACCUGCAUGCUUUGGACCGACGCCUCGCUGCUGUCCUGCAGGUGGUGCAGAAGUGUCAGGACCUCCACAAGGAUGUCAUUUACAACGACAUGGGAGAAUAUGAUCAACUGUUAAAGGAAUAA